CAGGUCAAGAGGCAGCUGCCUUUGAGAAGAUAGUGACUAUUUCCAAGACAGUAAACAUUAAGAGAGCAGUCUGAAGUAUUGAUGGAAAGCUUAAGUUAUCUAAAUGACUGAUCAUGGUCUCCGGUUGCCAAAGGAGGUUGUGGAUGCCAAGAGAAAGGUAGCCAUUUUCCAUCCUCUUGACUGGAUUGGAUGCCUCUAGGAGCCCAUAUUCGCUGGCAGGAGACAUGGCCGAGUUUGCAAGCUACAAGGAACCAGCCUCCAGCCGCCACCUGCGGUUUAAGCUACAGAGUCUCAGCCGACGUCUUGAUGAGUUGGAGGAAGCCACAAAAAACCUCCAGAAAGCAGAAGAUGAGCUUCUGGACCUUCAGGACAAAGUGAUCCAGGCAGAAGGCAGCAACUCCAGCAUGCUGGCUGAGAUUGAAGUACUCCGCCAGCGGGUGCUGAGAAUUGAGGGCAAAGAUGAAGAAAUUAAGAGAGCAGAGGAUCUGUGCCAGCUGAUGAAGGAGAAACUGGAGGAGGAGGAAAACCUCACCCGGGAGUUGAAAUCUGAGAUUGAGCGGCUUCAGAAACGAAUGGCAGAACUGGAGAAGCUAGAAGAGGCCUUCAGCAGGAGUAAGAAUGACUGCACCCAGCUUUGUUUGAGCCUGAAUGAAGAGCGAAACUUGACUAAGAAAAUCUCCUCGGAGCUGGAAAUGCUCAGGGUCAAAGUGAAAGAACUGGAAUCUUCUGAGGACCGCCUAGAUAAAACUGAAGAGAGUUUAGUGUCAGAGUUAGAAAAGCUGAAAUCAUUAACCCUGAGCUUUGUAAGUGAGAGAAAGUACUUGAAUGAAAAGGAGAAAGAAAAUGAGAAAUUAAUCAAAGAGCUCACUCAGAAGCUGGAGCAGAACAAAAAAAUGAACCGAGAUUAUACAAGGAAUGCUUCUAAUGACCUACGGAUUGAGGAUGGUAUCUCUUCCACAAUGCCAUCCAAGGAAUCCAGACGGAAGGGCACGCUGGACUAUCUGAAGCAGGUAGAGAAUGAAACAAGAAAUAAAUCAGAAAAUGAAAAGAACCGAAAUCAAGAAGACAACAAAGUCAAAGAUCUUAACCAAGAGAUUGAGAAACUCAAAACACAGAUCAGGCAUUUUGAAUCUUUGGAAGAAGAGCUUAAGAAAAUGAGGGCCAAAAACAAUGACCUUCAGGAUAAUUACCUAAGUGAACAAAAUAAAAACAGACUCUUAGCUGGCCAGCUGGAGGAGAUAAAGCUGCAAAUCAAGAAACAGAAAGAGUUAGAAAAUGGGGAGGUAGAAGGGGAAGAUGUUUCCCUGUCCAGCAAAGUCAGGCAUGAGAGGACUAAGUUUCGAGGCCAUGGGAACGAGGUAUCUGUGUCCAAGCACACGUCCCGGGAGCUGUCCCCUCAGCAUAAGCGGGAAAGGCACCGGAACAGGGAGUUAGUGCUCAGUAAUGAGAAUUACUGCCUGAACAACAGGCAGAUGUCCUCUCCCAAUUUCACCAAUAGGAGGGCAGCCAAAGCUUGCAACACAGGGCCAGGUAUGGAGAGUGGGACUCAGGAGACAAAAAGAAUUGAAGACCAAUUUACAUCUGGCUCCUCCCAGAGUGAAGGGAAAAAGUCCAGGGAGCAGCCAUCAGUGCUGAGCCGCUACCCGCCUGCUGCCCAGGAGCACAAUAAAGUGUGGAAGGGAACUUCCAGGCCAGGCAAUGAGAGUGGGCUGAAGGGAAAAGUAGAGAAGACAACAAGAACAUUUAAUGACACCACCCAUGGACCCCCUCUCAGCGACACUGUGGGGAGAGGUGUCAAGGCUUCUGACACCUCUGCUGAGGCCCUCUUUGGGAAGAGGGGCCAGGUGCCUGGCAGUGGGAAUCACGUUACGCCAACUGCAGAUUCUAGUAGCUCAAAGGCCAUUGGAGCUCUGGCCUCCUCACAAAGAGCCUCCUCCGAAGGGCUCUCUAAAGGCAAAAAGUCUGCCAAUAGUCAGGAGACUGACCCUAGUUCCCCAAACUCCAAAGCUCCUGUUUUAGCAAAGUAUCCAUAUAACUCCAAAAGUCAAGAGAGCAUCCUCCAGAGCUUUUCAACCCCGAAUAAAGACGGAGUUGGUCAACCUGUGGCAGUUGUGAUGGAAGACAGCAGUCAUCAUGAAGCCCUGAGGUGUCGAGUGAUCAAAUCCAGUGGCCGAGAGAAGCCAGACUCCGAUGAUGACUUGGAUGUAGCUUCUCUUGUUACUGCCAAAUUGGUCAACACAACCAUUACUCCAGAGCCAGAGCCCAAACAGCAGUCCAACUCUCGAGAGAAAGCGAAAUCCCGAGGGAGCCUUAGAACCUCUCUGUUUGAGAAUGAAAGAGAGGCUCCAUCAGAAAGUGAAUCUGUGAAACCUGUCCGAGCCUCCCCUAGUGCUGCGGAGCUCCCAGAUGCCAAUGGUGCUGGGGCGAAGAACCACAGGCCCUUUAGCCCCAGAGAGGCCUUGCGGUCCAGAGCCGUCAUCAAGCCCGUCAUCAUUGAUAAGGAUGUGAAAAAAAUCAUGGGAGGGUCUGGGCCGGAGGCUACACAGGAGAAACAGAAAUCCACCUCCAAAUCGGGGCCAAACAAAGUGACCAGUAGCAUUACUAUCUACCCCACUGAGAGCAGUAACCCAAGAGCCACCCCAGGGGAGCAUUUCAGAGAGAGGCACACGUCCACCAGCAACAUCCAGGUUGGACCACCGGAGCUCACGGCCGUUGGCAACCAUAUCAGCUCCCCCUUUGAGCUUUCCCUUCACAAGCAUGACAUCACCUUGCAGCUCACAGAGACUGAAAGAGUGGGAGACGGUCCCCUGAAGAGCAGGCCAGAGACAGUGGUGUCUCGGAGCAGCAUCAUCAUCAAGCCAUCGGAUCCCGUGGAGAGGAAUAGCCACUCCACCCCCGCGGAGACAAUCAGGUGGAAAAGCCAUAAUACCUCUUCAGAAGUGGGCUCUGCAGAUGCCAGACAUGUUACCGUGCGGAAUGCUUGGAAGAGUAGGCGAGACUUGAACUCUUUAGAUGACCCCUCAGCUCGAAGAGGGAAAAAUGUAGAUUCGACCAAUACGUAUACCCAGAGGUCUUCCACAGACUUCUCAGAACUCGAACAGCCCAGGUCAUACCUUUUGGAGCAGGGCACUCGACGAGUAGGAAAUUCAGGGGACGGCCCUGAGCUUACCUCCAGAAGGAGCCAGAGCAGUCUCACCGUGUCUGAGGUGCUUACCCGGCGGAACCGGGCAGGAGACACUGUCAUGAUGGCAGCCUGGAACCACUCAGCGGGCCUGGAGGACAGUGAAGAUGGCACACUCAGUGUCCACAGGCGGCUGCACAACUCCCUGGAACAGUCGGAAUUGCCUGCAAAGCAGGGGCUGCCGGAGCCUGGGCGGGUUCGGGCUGAGGAGCGCUUACGGUCACCUCGGCCCUGUACUGAGGAGAAGCCCCAGGAAUGCUGCUGCCUCACCCGUGCUCUCCUGUGUCUGGAGACCUCAGGCCAGGUUCAUCGAGUCCACCUUGGAGAGGUAUUGCACUUUACCAAGCAGAUGCAUUCCUACGGAAGUGGCCAGUGGACUCUCAGGGUGAUGGCAGCAUCGGAGAAAAGGCGAAACAUUCCCACCGAGGGCCCCAGUUCUGCACAGUGCAAACCUUUCCAGAAGUCACAUGAGUAA